AUGGUUUCACCUCGAUCUUCUUCCCGACUCAUGAAUGCCCUUGUUUGCAUCGCAACAGGCUCGGAAGAGAUGGAAGCAGUAAAUAUUAUUGAUGUUUUGAGAAGAGGAAAUGUUCAAGUUACAGUUGCCAAAGUACAUGAUCAACAACAACAGCAUGAUCCAUCAUUGCGAGUGCUCGGAUCUCAGUAUGGAGCAAUCGUUUUGCCAGGUGGUAUGGGAGGAGCUAAAAUAUUCUCUGAAAAUACUAAAUUAUUGGAUCGAUUGGCCAAACAGAGAAAGAGUGAACACGGUAUUGUUGCUGCAAUCUGUGCAAGUCCUGCUCUCGUAUUGACUAAACAUAACUUGUUAGAUGGUGUGAAACAAGUGACUUGUUAUCCAUCUUUGAAAGACAAGAUGCCACACUAUGAUUGGCAUGACGAGAAAGUGGUUGUUGAUGGAAAUGUGGUGACAUCGCAAGGCCCAUUCACUGCAGUAUUUUUCGCUCUCAAGCUUAUUGAACUCAUGGUCUCUAAGGAAGCGAGUCAAGAAGUUGCAAAGGGUCUGCUUGUACAGUAG